AAUUUUUACAGAAAAUGUGUGAAUAAAUGCCCCACAUGGAUCAUUCUGAUGACCGGUGUUUUAAACUGACCUCAGAACUGUGUACAGGAAACCCCAUGGCCCCGCCCCAACCCCUAGGUGAGCCCGCCCCCUGUUGCUCCGGGCCCCACCCCCUGCAGGUACCCUCCGCCUGCGUUUUCCCGUCUGCUCAGUCUGUUCAGGUCGUCGCUCAGACAUGGAGGCGGUCUGCAUCGGCGCCGUCACCGUCAUGGCUCUGCUUGAACAAAGCGUAUUCUCUCUGCAGGUGAUCUACGCUCGGAGGAAGUACUCGGUGGCGCCCCCUGCCACGUCUGGACCGCCGGCGUUCGAGAGGAUUUUCAGAGCACAAGCCAACUGCUCCGAGUAUUUCCCCAUCUUCAUCACCGCGCUGUGGACCAGUGGAGUCUUCUUCAGCGAAGGUGCGUCUGCUCUUUGUGGGCUGUUCUACUUGUACGGACGUCUGCGAUACUUCUGGGGAUACGCACAGUCACCUCAGGGACGUUUGGCUCCUCUCUACUUCAGCGCUCAGAUCCUUUGGCUCCUCAUCGGGUUUUCGUCUCUCGGGGUUUUCUUCUCGUUUUGUCGGAUCUACCUGAACCUGGACCUGGUGCACAUGCUCUGUUCGGUCCUGGGUUUUGUCUGACAGGAUGGUUGGGGUCAAAGGUCGUGGUGUGUUUAGGAGCCGGUCUGAGGUCUGUCAGUUCUGCCGUCCUCCACUUGGACCAGUUUACUGUUUAUAUUAAGUUAUUUGAAUGUUUUAUCGUAGUUCUUUUUGUUUUAAAGUUCUGAUGUAAUGAUGCGUUGAACCUGCAGAGGGCGCCGUCGGAUCAUAAACGCCGUCAGGUGGAGCUGCAGGUCAUUCUACAUCAUGUGAUCCAACGUCUUAUUCUUAUUUAUUCAUUUAUUUUUAUUACGUUUACACAUGUGUAUUGAUCAUUCAUAGUUUUUCAUGUGUUGGUUCUGAUUGGCUGAUGUGACCCAACUUUGACGGAUCCUCACUCCUCAUUGGUUGUUUUUUACUCAGUGCAUUAAAGUCGAAUCCUGCUCAUGAAUAAUGUGUUUUUACUCUUUUACAGUUUCAUUUAUGAGUCGCAUAAAUUAAAUAAAACAUUUACAGCACUGG